UGGUGGAAAACGACUGCCCCCUACAGAUGAUAACACUGGUAUUGCCGCUCCGAAAAAAUUCGAAAGGAUUUUCCGGGCAAACCCGAGUACCAACCCCCUUCACGCCUAAUGUUGCUGUACCUCAACCCUCCCCCGUAUCAGAGGAGUAGAAACAACAAGCCGCCAUUUUGUUUGUGCGGACAGAUCGAGAGAGGCAGGAGAUACCGAGAAAGAAAGCGACUUCAGCGUCGAUAAUAGCGACUCCAAGACCCGCCGGUGAAAGAGUGGCGAUGUCGUGUCGGUGCGAAAAGAGGGAAGAAAGUAAAAAUAAAAGAUAAGGCAGGAGAAGAAUGAGGGAGUGAAAAAAGGAAAAUCUCUGAAAAUCCAAGGAAGGGGUGUUUUUACGGAGUGGAGAGGAGAGGCGGAAGAAGGCAAUAUAUUUAACGAAGAAAAAAACCUGCGAGCGAAAGAAAAAAUACAACAUGAAAAAAAAAUCAUAAUUUACCCAUCGCCACAGAUGAAAAAAUGCCCGCAUAGACAAAUAUACCGAUAAUUGUAUAUUGGGUAUUUGAGGCGGGAGUAAAAGGAAGGUUUAAAGGAAAAUAUAAAUUAGGAUAAUCGUGAAGGGGGGCAUUUACCACCACAAAGACUCAAAGGAUUUUGUGGACCACAUAUGUUUGGGGGUGUUGCUAUCAUUAUUUUAUGGACGAAGCUUGACACUUUUCUAAAAUAGACAUAGUAUUGUAGCGACCCCUCGCUUUAUCAGAUUUUCGCUCAUCGCUGUAUUCUCUUGUUCGGGAUUUUUUUCUUCACUUGCAUUGCAACCUAAAUCAGCAUACGCAGUGACCGAUGAUUUCUUGCAAUAUUUAUCAACCAAUUUCAUCUUUCUAAUCAAUGGUGAUCUUAUUGCAGUAGGUUAUAUGAUUACCUUUGAAGAGCUUUCUUGGGUAAGCUUUAAAUCUCAACACUUGUGGAAGUAAACCAAACGUCCUCUGCAAAAUAAAACUAGGACUAAUUGAAUCAAUUUGAUAGGACAUUAAUUGGCACAUUCUGGGCUAUAACUCAAACGAUUCUUGCAACAUCAAAUCUCAGAAUUUAGCCUAAAUGAUUUGUCAUAACAAACUAAUUGCUCAAAAUUGUAUUGUUUCAAUUUAACCUCAUUGCAUGUAAUUGGCAUAAUCGCGCAAAGGGUGCAACAUCCAAAUGUGCAUUCAGUGUCCGUUAUUUUUUCCAAUUCAGUGCCUUGCAUUGACAAACUAACAAACUAAUGUCACGAUGUAGACUACAAGUAGAUGGUAAGGGAAAUUUAUUAAAUGCAUGGAAUUAAUUUAUCGAAUAGGAGCCCAUAGGUGUAGUACAAUCUAUUGGAACUUGAUCAGUCAGCGUCACUGUUAUUUUUUUCAGAUUUGAAUUGCACCCCUAUACAAUGGUAUUUAUCUAAAAGACAAUGCUAAUUGUUUUCAAUGUUGAAUGAGGUUUUUAACCCAUGCUUUAAAUGCAUCUUAAACCACUAUCACUCAUUGGGACUGGGUAUCCCGGUUUCAUAGCCCCAAAUAUAGAUAAGCCUAUCAAGUUCUUGUUUCUUGACGAUCCCAAUUUACGUAUGGGGAUGAUUUUGAUAUUCUGUCACUGUCGGACACAUUCAUCCGUGUUUUUUGUAUUAGACUAAGGACCUAACGCCAUAAUUGUAUUAUUUGACAACUCAUUACUUUGUGGUAAUGUUGGGAUCAAAUUGCAUUGACUGUAAUGGCAAUUCAGACAAAGUGGAAGAUUUAUCCGUUUUCGGGUCCCUCAUAACUGUUGCAUGAGACGAGGCCCCCAAAGGUACCUACCACUGGGGUACGGUUUGCUUGCGUUCUUUAUCGCGUUUCCCAUUUUGCUUCCCUGGACACGACCCCUGAGUGGAGUGCUCUAGAAUUAAACACUCGAUUUCGCCGGUGACUAUGGCGGAAAAGACUGAUGCUGCCAUGGAGGACAGGUCUUGGGACCAUUUUUCCAAUGCCAAAGAGGCUAAAUGAGAUUGUCGAAGGCCUACUUGCUUGUCUUUUUCAUCGACCCCACCUUCCCUCCUUCUAAACUCGGAAAAAUCUAUAAAGGAACAACAUCUCCGACAGGGGAGGGGGAUUGAUAGCGACGGCUAAGCAUAGAUCGAGAGGGAACCCUGAAAGGAAGAGUGUAUCGCAAUUGCCUCCUUUCCCCCUACCGUCCCUAAACGGUGGGGGAAGAAUCACAAACAUUUACAGAAGGGAAGUUUGAAAGAACUCAGACGCAAACAAGGGAAUAAGCCAAUCCUUUGUGGAUAUAUAGCUAUUUUUUAAUUCGUGAAAAAAUAUGGCCGAUAAUGUUCUGGAGUCCGGCCCGCCUUCAGCCAAGAGGCCUAAACUAUCAUCCCCUGCUCUCUCAGUCUCCGCCAGUGAUGGAAACGAUUUCGGUUCACUCUUUGACCUGGAGCACGACCUACCCGAUGAGCUCAUCAAUUCGUCGGAGCUGGGGCUGGUCAACGGCGGGGACCUCAGCCAGCUGCACACCAGCCUGGGAGGAGGCCAGGACGCUGCUGCCAAACACAAACAGCUCUCGGAGCUUCUCCGGGCUGGAGCGCUGCCACCCUCGGGUCAACAGGGAGCCACCAACAGCCCCGGUGGCUCCAUGGGACUCCUGGGCAGCAUGAAUGCCUCCCCUGGGCCCCAGAAUAUGGGUCCCCAGGGGCAGCACCCCUCACCCCAGCAGGCUGGAAUGAUGCAGCAGGCGGGCAUGGUGGGUGGACUGAACAGGGCCAUGAUGGGGGCCCAGAAGGGCAACGGACAGCAUCAAGGGUCCACGCCUCAGGGCAUGAUGGGAGGCCAGGUGAUGAAUGGCUCGCCCCGAAUGGGUUACCAGGUCAACCCGGGAAUGGGAAGUAACAGUAACCUGCUGGCAGAAACCCUGCAGCAGCAGGGGGGGCAGCAAAUGGGGGCAGGGGGUCAGGCUGGGAUGAGGCCACAGCAACCUGGAGCACUGAACAAGAUGAAUAUGAUGGCUAAUGUGGGCCCCUAUGGUGGUCCGUACGGUCAGUUAGCAGGCCAGGUUCUGGGUGGUGCUGGGCUGGGCCCACAGCACCAGAACAAGGCUGGUCUGGCCAACAGCCUGGCCCAGUUCAACCUGGACAAGAAGACACCGCCUAUACAGGGCAUGGCUGGGAUGGCCUCACAGCAGGCCUCGGCAGUAGGGCCAGUGUCGGUGGGUGGAGCGGCGGUUGGAGCCGGGGCCCAGGCUGGCCUUGGUACUGUGGCAACAGGUCCGGGGGCAGCGCCUCCCACUGCCGACCCGGAGAAGCGCAAGCUGAUUCAGCAGCAGCUGGUGCUCCUGCUCCACGCCCACAAGUGCCAGCGGCGGGAGCAGGCCAACGGGGAGGUGCGCCAGUGCAGCCUGCCCCACUGCCGCACCAUGAAGAACGUCCUCAACCACAUGACCCACUGCCAGGCUGGAAAGUCCUGCCAGGUGGCACACUGUGCCUCGUCACGACAGAUCAUCUCUCACUGGAAGAACUGCACUCGGCACGACUGUCCUGUCUGCCUGCCGCUCAAGAACGCUGGAGACAAAAGGAACCAGCAGUCUCUACUAAGCAGUGCUGGGGUUGGCCUGGGCAACUCAUUAGGGGCAGUGCCAGGGGGUCAGCCCAGUACCCCUAACCUCACCCCGCCCAACCAGAUCGACCCCAGCUCCAUUGAGAGGGCCUACGCCGCCCUGGGCCUCACCUACCAGGGCAACCAGAUGCCCCAGCAACCAUCUCAGGCCAACCUGCCCAACCAGCCUGGCAUGCGGUCGUUAAAUGCCAUGGGAGGGAACCCCAUGGGGAUGAAUGGAGGGGUGGGGGUGCAGCCCCCCAAUCAGUCCAACCUGCUACCAGACGUCAUGCUUCACAACAAUAUGAAUGUGCAAAGUUUGAUGAACGAUGGCAGCGGGGUGGGCAGCCUGGGCUCCAUGCCCAUGGCGACCCCUCCCUCAGCCGCGGGCAUGAGGAAGAACUGGCACGAGGACAUCACCCAGGACCUGCGCAACCACCUCGUCCACAAGCUGGUGAGCAGUGUGCAGGCCAUCUUCCCCACCCCGGACCCGGCUGCGCUGAAGGACCGGCGGAUGGAGAACCUGGUGGCAUACGCUCGUAAAGUAGAGGGGGACAUGUAUGAGUCGGCCAACAGCAGGGCGGAGUACUACCACCUCCUGGCUGAGAAGAUCUAUAAAAUCCAGAAGGAACUGGAGGAAAAGCGGCGGACGCGGUUACAGAAGCAGGGCAUGAUGCCCACGCAACCCGGCAUGCCCCCCUCAGGCCUGCCUCAGGGACCCCUUGGCAUGGGCCAGUCGCCUCUGGCCCCCGGACAGCCGUCCAGUAGCCUUCCACAAGCUUCCCACAAUAAGUUGGGUGAAUUUUGGCCCAUUCCUCCUGACAGAGCUGGUGUAACUGAGUCAGAUGGUUCUCAUGCUGACCCCUCCAUGAUUCGACCCACCGGACCCAAUCAGAUGGUGAACAGGAUGCAGAACCCUGCAGGCAUGAAUCAGUUUGGACAAAUGGGUAUGCAGUCAUUAGGUCAGAGGUCAACGCCUCCCCUCCCACUUGGUGGACCUCUAAAUCAGAUGGGUAUGGGGCCAACGCGGAUGGGGCAGCCCAAUGUGGCCCAGCUCCAGAACCAGUACCUCCCUUCUGGUCAGUUCCCUGGGUCCAGUCCUGGCCUCGGGGCUGGCCCAGUCGGCAUGAACCAUCCAGGGCCACAAGGAGGCGUGGCACAGCAGGCCCAGAUGCCCACGCCACCCUCGCUCCCGGUCAGCAGCCCUGCAGCCCAGCCAGGCUCAGUGGCAGGAUCAGGGCCCUCCCAGGGCUCUAUGGGGCCAGGCAGUGUAGGUGGAGGCCCUCCUUCCAACCUGCAACUGCCCAACUCUUCUCAGCCCAACUCACACCCGCACUGCCCCCCCAUCCGACAGAACUCCCCCUCCCCGGCACGCAGCCUCACGCCAACCCCUCAUCAGACGCCGCCUGGUCUGCCAGGCUCGCAAACCCCCCAGCCUCACACGCCCAACCCGCCCCAGGUUGCCACUCCGCUCCCGCAGCUAGCGUCGUCACAGCCAAUGGGGCAAGGAAUAAACUCGGAGAAGCCCAGUCAGCUCCAGCAGCAGACAACCGGUGGUGGAGCUUCUGAAGUCCUCCAGACAGGGCAGGCUCAGUCUGUGCCUACCCAGAAUGCCCAUGUGCCAACCCAGCUUCCGCAAACUCCACUGUCUCAGAAGUCUUCACUGACGGCAGACGGCCAGGCUUCCACUCCGGCCUCGGUGAGCAGCGUGGACCCUAGCUCCCAGCUGACCUCGUCUGACGCCCCUGCCCCAGCUGAGCCCAAGAUGGAUGUGAAACAGCAGGACGAUGAGGAUGCCGAGGACCAGGGAGAGGGAAAGGCCUCUGGGAAGAUGGGCAAGGGACAGGCAGACAUCAAGUCAGAGGAGAAACCUGAGAUUAAGAAGGAGAAGCCUUCAGGCGACGGCUGCAAGGGCGAGCCUAUGGACACAUCGUCAUCGGUAGCAACGCCGAAGAUAGAGGACAGAGACAGGAAGCCAGAGGUGAAGACUGAGCCCAAAGACGAAGAGGAGAGGUCGGGGGCAUCGGGCACGCACAGCUCCCCCGCCAGCGCUCAAAACAAGAGGAAAAUCUUUAAGCCUGAGGAGCUGCGUCAGGCUCUGAUGCCCACCCUGGAGGCCUUGUACCGCCAAGACCCUGAGUCUCUGCCCUUCCGCCAACCGGUGGACCCCCAGUUACUGGGAAUACCCGUACGUAUUCGAACUAGUAACAAAACUAACCUGGACUACUUUGACAUUGUAAAGAACCCCAUAGACCUGUCGACGAUAAAGCGUAAGCUGGACACGGGACAGUACCAGGAGCCCUGGCAAUAUGUGGAUGACAUCUGGCUCAUGUUUAACAACGCCUGGCUGUACAACCGCAAGACAUCCCGCGUCUACAAGUACUGCUCCAAGCUGGCCGAGGUGUUCGAAGCUGAAAUCGACCCGGUCAUGCAGGGCCUGGGCUACUGCUGCGGGAGGAAGCUUGAGUUUUCCCCCCAAACUCUAUGCUGCUAUGGGAAACAGUUAUGCACCAUCCCGCGUGACGCUGCUUAUUUUAGUUACCAGAACAGUUCACCACAAUUUGGGCUUCUUGCUGACAGGUACCACUUCUGUGAGAAGUGUUUCAACGAAAUCCAGGGCGAGUGCGUGUCCCUGGGGGAUGAUCCUUCUCAGCCUCAGACGUCCAUCAGCAAAGAUCAGUUUCAGAGGAAGAAGAAUGACACGCUCGACCCUGAAUGGCUUGUGGAAUGUACUGACUGCGGGCGUAAAAUGCACCAAAUCUGUGUCCUGCAUAAUGACACCAUAUGGCCGGCAGGCUUUGUAUGUGACAGCUGCCUUAAGAAGGCCAAUAAGACGCGGAAAGAGAACAAAUACGCGGCCAGAAGUAAGUGGAGGCUCCCCCAAACUAAGUUGGGCAGCUUCCUAGAGGGGCGAGUGAAUGACUACCUCAGGCGGCAGAACCAUCCAGAGUCUGGUGACGUCACUAUCCGUGUGGUCCAUGUCUCCGACAAGGUGGUGGAGGUCAAGCCAGGCAUGAAGUCCAGGUUUGUGGACACCGGGGAGAUGUCCGAGUCCUUUCCCUACAGAACGAAGGCGCUGUUUGCGUUCGAGGACAUAGACGGGGCUGACGUCUGCUUCUUCGGCAUGCAUGUGCAGGAGUACGGCUCAGACAGCCCUCCGCCCAACCAGAGACGCGUGUAUAUCUCUUACCUGGACAGCGUGCACUUCUUCCAACCUCGACACCUCCGCACAGGCGUCUACCAUGAGAUACUCAUAGGGUACCUGGAGUACGUCAAGAAGUUGGGGUUUACAACAGGGCACAUCUGGGCUUGUCCCCCAAGUGAAGGGGACGACUACAUCUUCCACUGUCAUCCUGUGGACCAGAAGAUCCCCAAGCCCAAGCGUCUACAGGAGUGGUACAAGAAGAUGCUGGACAAGGCCGUAGCUGAGCGCAUUGUGCAUGACUACAAGGAUGUCUUCAAGCAGGCCACAGAGGACCGUCUCACCAGUGCCAACGAACUACCAUACUUUGAGGGGGACUUCUGGCCCAACGUGCUGGAGGAGAGCAUCAAGGAGCUGGAGCAGGAGGAGGAGGAGAGGAAGAGGGAGGAGAACAGCACCUCCAGCGAGAGCGUAGAUGUGAGUGCCCCGAAAAGUGACAGCAAGAAUGCCAAAAAGAAGAACAGCAAGAAGACGAGCAAGAACAAGAACAGCAGCCUGAUCCGAGCCAAUAAGAAGAAACCAGGGAUGCCCAAUGUGUCCAAUGACCUCUCCCAGAAGCUCUACGCUUGUAUGGAGAAACACAAGGAGGUGUUCUUUGUAAUCCGUCUCAUUGCCGGCCCCACUGCCAACUCCCUGCCCCCCAUCACGGACCCGGACCCCCUAAUGGCCUGCGACCUGAUGGAUGGGCGUGACGCCUUCCUGACGCUGGCCCGGGACAAGCACCUGGAGUUCUCCUCCCUGAGGAGAGCCAAGUGGAGCUCCAUGUGCAUGCUGGUGGAGCUACACAAUCAGAGCCAGGACCGCUUCGUCUACACCUGCAAUGAGUGCAAGGCAAGCGUGGAGACACGCUUCCACUGCACCGUCUGCGAGGACUACGACCUGUGUAUCACCUGCUAUAACACUAAGGGCCAUGAACACAAGAUGGAGAAGCUGGGCCUGGGCCUGGACGACGAGAGCAGCAACGCAGCGGCCGCUGCCACUCAGAGCCCCGGGGACUCCCGCCGCCUCAGCAUUCAGCGCUGCAUCCAGUCCCUGGUCCACGCCUGCCAAUGCCGCAAUGCCAACUGCUCCCUGCCGUCCUGCCAGAAGAUGAAGCGUGUGGUGCAGCACACCAAGGGAUGCAAGCGCAAGACCAACGGUGGCUGCCCCAUCUGCAAGCAACUCAUUGCCCUGUGCUGCUACCACGCCAAGCACUGCCAGGAGAACAAGUGCCCCGUACCCUUCUGCCUCAACAUCAAGCACAAGCUCCGCCAGCAGCAACUCCAGCACCGCCUCCAGCAGGCUCAGAUGCUUCGGAGACGGAUGGCCAGCAUGCAGCGGGUGGGCCAGCCUGCCUGCGGAGGAGGACCUCCUGGGGGGCUGCCAUCACCAGGUAACAAUGGUACCACAGCCCCCAGUACACCCACAUCAGGAGGCACCCAGCCCCCAACACCACAGACACCCACCCAGCCCAACAUGCCUCCUGGGCCCCAGCCAGGGAUGGGUGGUGCAGGAACUUUGCAGCAGCAGCAAGGUGGGAUGCCUCAGCAGCACCACCAGCUUCACCACCAGUUUCAGCAGAUGCCUGGAGGAGGGGGGAUGAUGAACUCCCCCCAGCAACAGCAGAUGGUUCCUCAGGUCCAGCAGCAGUCCCAAGCCUCAAACCCUCAACAGCUCCAGCAACACCCCAACAGCCUGUCCCCUUACACCAACAGGCCUCCAGGCUCCUCACCGCACCCUCAGUCCCAAGGCAAACCGGGCCUGGGACCAGCCACACCACCUCAGCAGCAACCACCACAACAGCAGCCCAACCCUGGCCAGCCUUCUAUGCCCCAGCAGCAGCAGCAACCUCCUUCAGGGCCUCCUCCAGCGGCUGUGGAGAUUGCCAUGAAGAUUCAACAAGUGGCAGACGCCCAAAGGAAGAUGUCCCUGCAGAGGCAGGCGGCGCAGGCAGCUGGCAUGAUGACUCCGCACCCUCACCACCAACAGCCCCAGGGCCAGAUGGGCAUGGCCCACCCUGGGGUGGGCAUGGUGGGGGCCCAGGGGCUGCCUCCUCAGGCUGCUGCUAGGGCUCACAUGGAGCAGCAACAACAACAGCAGGGUCCUCCAGGUAUGAUGGUGGGCCCUGGACCCAUGCAGCAGCAGCCCCAGCAGCCUAACCCCCAGGGCCAGCUGCCUCCACAGGUGCAGCAGCAGAGGGUUGGUCCCCCGCUUCAGAACCCCCAGCAACAGUGGGCCGGCCAGGGACUGCCACCCCAGCAGAGGCAAGCCAUGAUGGGACAUCCAGGCAUGGUGGCGCCUCAGCAGCAACAACCGCAGCAAAUGCAACAGCGGCAGCAGGCUCAGGGACCUGGUGGAUUGAUUGGUAUGGUGCAGCAAGGUGGUGCAGCUGGGGGUGGGAACCUCCCGCAGGCUGCCCUUCAGGAACUGCUGCGUACCCUUCGCUCCCCCAGCUCACCCGAGCAGCAACAGCAGGUGCUCAACAUCCUCCGCUCAAACCCUCAGCUAAUGGCUGCCUUUAUCAAGCAGAGAGCCUCCAAGUAUAAGGGGGGCCCAGGACCCCCGGGAGCCCCUGGCGGGCCAGGUCCAGGCAGAGUUCCAGGAGGUAUGGGUGGCCAACAGGUCAAUGUGAAUGCUGUGGCUGGUCAGCCAGGUAUGCACAUGGGUCAGGGAGUCAACAUGCCCACUAUGACCCAGCUACAGCAAGUACAGCAGCUACAACAGCAGCAACAACAACAACCGCAGCAGCAGCGUCCUAUGCUUAGUAGUUUGCAGCAGCAACAGGUGGCAGCACUUCAGCAGCAUCAACAGCAUCAGCAAGGAGGGAUGCCAGGCCAGCAGGCACCUAACAUGGCCAACAUAAACCCCCAGUUCAGAGAGCUCCUUAUGAGGAGGCAUCUCCAAUUACAACAGCAGCAACAGCAGCAGCAGCAGCAGCAGCAACAGAUUGGGAACCAUGCCCAGUUCCAGCAGCAGGGCUACAUUGGCCAGCCGGGCAUGGCCCCCCAGCAGCCUGGUCAGGGCCAGUCUGGACUGCAGCAGCAGCCUGGAGCCCAGCCAGGGCAGCAGCACCAGGGUUACCCCAGCACGGUGGCCCAGCAGCAGGCUGCUGCAGUGCUCCAGCAGAGGCUCCAGCAUCAGCACCAACUCCAGAUGCAGCAACAACACCAGAAUGCCAUGUCGGGCCACCAGGGGGCUGAGGGGGGUCCGGGUGUAGGCGGCCCCCCUCAGCAGCCCCAGCCCCCGCAGGGCGCCCCCCAGCCGCAGUCCUCCCAGGCUCUGCUCCAGCAGGCACUGCACCAGAGGCUGCUUCAACAGCAGCAGCACCUGGGUGGGGGCUCUCCGGCCCAGCACAGCAGCCCCAUGAGCCCCCAGCAGCAGAUGGCCCAGUCCCCUCACCUUCAGGGCCAGACGCUGUCUACGUCCCUCAGCAACCAAGUGCGCUCGCCCCAACCCUCCCCGCGACCCCAGUCCCAGCCACCACACUCUAGCCCCUCCCCGCGCAUGCAGCCCCAGCCUUCCCCUCACCAUAUCUCCCCACAGACCCAGACGGGCUCCCCGCACCCGGGCCAGCUACCCCAGCACCACCCUGGUAUGGCGGUCCCCUCGCAACAGAACUCAAUGGACCACUUUGGGUCAGACCAGAAUGCCAUGUUGUCUCAACUCAGUGGGAUGGGUGGUCUCCAUGGGCCUGGAGGACCUGACAUGCUGUCUGGGAACAGCCAAGACCUUGGGCAGAACAUUAAUCAUAACACUUUAGACAUGUAGCCUCGCCGUGCUUUCGGGACUGCACCUGGGACAGUGUUAGCCUUUUCUUUUUUACUAUUAAUAUUAUUUAAUGUUUUCAAUAAAAAAUACAUUGAAGUGAACUUCCUAUGGGAGAUGCAACUAUAAAUCAACACGUCGAUUAAUAAAUGAAUGGUAAGUUAUUGCUGUUAAUAUAUUUUUUGCCAAUUGUGUACAAAUAGGGGGAUGGUAUCUCCCUUAGAGAAUAUGACGCAGGUAAUAUUUUUGGGGUUUGGGACUAUUGCCUUUUUAAGAAAUGUUUAAGAUAAAAAUAAAAAAAAAUGAAAGAGCAAAUGAUUUAAUGCAAUGGACUUAUUGUAAUUUCUCCAUUAAUCAGUCUUAUCAGUUUAGCAAUGAUUUGGAUUAAUAUUGUUAUAAAUCCAAACAUCAUGCAUAUCUUUCAUUUAAGUUUGGGUUUACUUUAUUUAUUUUUGUUUGAUGGUUUGUUGGCAUAUACCCGAAGACUGCUACAAUUCACAUAGAAUAUAUUUUUGUUAUUGAAAUGGGGGUGGGGUUAUUUCAUUUCACUAAUGUCUGGGUUGGGCUUUCAAUCUGGAAUAAAAUGAGUGUUUGUGGCUGAGGGUCUGCUGCAAGUUUCAGUGGCCAAUGGAGACUACAUUUGAAAUGCCUAACCAUUGGACAUCAAUACUGGAAGGGCCAGCCCUCUCACUGAACACACUGCCCUCCCUCACCCUCUGUGUGAGCACUCCUGUAAGACACUUAGUAUUGGAAGUGGGGGGCACAUACCUAUAUGCCUGUAACGUUUAGAGUACAUGAGGUAUGGGGGGGGGAGGGUCCGCCAGUGCAUAGGACAUUAUGGUUCUUGUAAAACAGAGGGAAUGGAUCCAAAUGAACUGUGCUGCAUAGAACUGAGGAAGGGGAGAGAUGUGACCAGACACGCUCUGCCUCACCCUUCCUUUUCCCUCUGGACUUAACCCCAGCAGCGCAAGAGCCCAAUGCACUGGUCCCCUUCUCCUGCUCCAGAAUAAUUGCUGUCCCUCCUCCCAACCCCAAUUUAUCUUUCUGCUCAGAACUUUGAGAGUUUAAUUUAAUAUUUUUUACUGUACAAAGAACUGUGGACUCGAAUACUGUUUUUUAUAAUAAAAUGAAAAUUAAAGAUG